CCUCCGCGCUCUCGGUUGAAGCGAGGGCUCCCUAACUACAUUUCCCAGGUGCCCGCACUCACCCAUCUUCCCUCUCCCAGCGGGGCUGGCCCGGGGGAUCCUGUGGGGAGCCGAGACGGCUCUCCAGACAUCUGCUCGAGGACCAGGCUCUGCAUGUGGAUGAGGAGGGAGGGGAGGAGCCUGGAUCACUUAGCUACAGCAAACCACCCAAUGCAGUAAAAGCUCCCGGAGGCGAAGGGAAGGCAGCGGAGCACAAUGCAGCACUGAGGCGGCGGUGGCGGCAGAAGGCGCAGGGCAGGGGCAGAUUGCUCCGCGCCGCCGCCUCCCACCAUGCGUGCCCGCCGCUGAGGCUCCGCCGCGGCCGGGAAGGACGCAGCCAUGCAGCCGGCUGCCUCGCUGCUCUCCUUGGUGCUCUGUGCCUGGGGCACCUUCUCCCUGGCCCCGCGCAGGCUGGCAGGAGACGCCUUGUUGACGGAGAUGGAGAGAGGGGCCGGGCAGCGCUUCAUGGAGCGGCAGAACAUCAAACCCCUGCGCCUCGUCUCCGGCCCGGGCCACGGCAGGCGGAGCGGGCGCGCCGCGCUCACCACCCGCGUCAGGGGCAGCGCGGCCGGGCAGCAGUCCACUCACAUUGCUCGAGCCAGCUUCCAGGUUGAUGCUUUUGGGUUAUCGUUCAUUCUCGAUGUAAUGCUAAACCAUGAUCUGCUAUCUUCUGAGUAUCUUGAGAGGCAUAUCGAGAAUGGAGGAAAGACAGUUGAAGUUAAAGGAGGAGAGCAUUGCUAUUACCAGGGCCAAAUUCGAGGAAAUCCUGAAUCGUUUGUUGCAUUGUCGACAUGCCAUGGACUCCAUGGGAUGUUCUAUGAUGGGAAUCAUACUUACCUUAUUGAGCCAGAUGAAAACUACACAUCAAAUGAAGACUUUCACUCUGUUUACAAAUCAAAGCUAUUUGAAUUUCCUUUGGAUAACCUACCAGCAGAAUUCAAGCAAAUGAACACUACAUCACAGAAGUUUGUUGUAAAGUCAAGACACAAAAGGAGUAGAAGACAGGUUCGUCAGAUUCCACAUAAAGUUGAGGAGGAAACAAAAUACAUUGAGCUAAUGAUUGUUAAUGAUCAUCUAAUGUGUAAAAAACACCGGUUAUCAGUUGGCCAUACCAACAGCUAUGCUAAGUCAGUUGUGAAUAUGGCAGAUUUAAUAUAUAAAGAACAUCUAAACACCAGGAUAGUAUUGGUUGCCAUGGAAACCUGGGCCACUGAUAACAAGUUCACCAUAUCUGAAAACCCACUGGUGACCCUUCGUGAGUUUAUGAAAUAUAGGAGGGAUUUUAUCAGAGAGAAAAGUGAUGCAGUUCACCUUUUUUCAGGGAGCCGAUUUCAGAGCAGUCGCAGCGGUGCAGCCUACAUUGGAGGAAUUUGUUCGCUAUUGAAAGGCGGAGGUGUGAAUGAAUUUGGAAGGCCAGACUUAAUGGCAGUAACCUUGGCACAGUCCUUGGCCCACAACCUUGGCAUUUUCUCAGAUAAAAGGAAACUAUUAAGUGGUGAAUGUGAGUGUGAGGAUACAUGGUCUGGAUGUAUAAUGGGAGACACUGGAUAUUACCUUCCUAGCAAGUUCUCCAAGUGUGACAUUGAGGAAUACCAUGAUUUUUUAAACAAUGGAGGUGGGGCCUGUCUUUUCAAUAAGCCAUCCAAGCUUCUCGAUCCUCCUGAAUGUGGCAAUGGCUUCGUAGAAGAUGGAGAAGAAUGUGAUUGUGGUACUGUUGCAGAGUGUGCCAUUGAAGGAGGAGAAUGCUGUACCACAUGCACACUGACUGCAGGCUCACAGUGCAGUAAUGGACUUUGCUGUAGGAAGUGUCUGUUUGAAGCUAAAGGAGUUUUGUGUCGGGAAGCAGUAAAUGAUUGUGACAUUCCAGAAAGCUGCACAGGAAACUCCAGUCAGUGUUCUCCCAAUAUUCACAAAAUGGAUGGGUACUCAUGUGAUAACAAACAGGGUAUUUGUUUUGGAGGAAGAUGUAAAACCAGGGACCGGCAGUGUAAAUACAUCUGGGGUGAAAAAGUGACAGCUGCUGAUAGGUACUGCUAUGAGAAAUUGAAUAUUGAAGGGACUGAAAAGGGCAACUGUGGCAGAGACAAGGACACUUGGAUACAGUGCAACAAACAAGAUGUGCUUUGUGGCUAUCUUCUAUGCUCCAAUAUCUCAAGUGUACCAAGACUUGGAGAACUUGAUGGUGAAAUCACCUCUUCAGUCAUACAGUUGGGAAAAAUCUAUAACUGCAGCGGGGGCCAUGUUAAGCUAGAUGAAGAGACAGACCUUGGCUACGUAGAGGAUGGAACACCAUGUGGGACCAACAUGAUGUGUUUGGAGCACAGAUGCCUACCCACUGACAACUUCAACUUCAGCACCUGCCCAGGCACUGCAGAAGGCAAAAUUUGCUCAGGACAUGGUGUUUGCAGCAAUGAAAUAAAGUGUGUGUGUGACCGACUCUGGAGAGGAGAUGACUGCAGCACCCUUUUCAAAGGUCCUGCAAGUUUUGAUGACGAUAUUACCAGCAAAGGUGUUGUUAGCACAAAUAUAAUCAUAGGGGCUAUUGCUGGCACCAUUUUAGUGUUGGCUCUUGUUUUAGGAAUAACAGCAUGGGGCUACAGAAACUAUAGAAGACAGAGACAAAUACCCCAGGGAGAUUAUGUAAAAAAACCUGGAGAGGCCGACUCUUUUUAUAGCGACAUGCCUCCUGGAGUCAGCACAAACUCUGCAUCUAGUUCUAAGAAGAGGUCUGCUUUUCUGUCGCAUUUUCAGAUAUCUACCUGUUCCAUCACCCAUUAUUCCAUUAGUCAGAACAUUUCAUUAUUUUGCAGCAGGUCAAAUGGAUUAUCUCAUUCCUGGAGUGAAAGGAUCCCAGACACAAAACAUAUUUCAGACAUCUGUGAAAAUGGGAGACCUAGAAGUAACUCAUGGCAAGGUAAUAUAGGAGGAAACAGAAAGAAGGUCAGAGGCAAAAGAUUUAGGCCACGGUCUAAUUCAACUGACAGGGUAACCCAUGCAUCUGAGCCUGGGCUUUCUCUCGCCCACCAUAUCCCGACUCAAGGCAUAAGCCAAGGGGGUUCUCCUCUCCCCCAUUCAGGGAGUCGGGAUCACAGGUAUUUAAAUCCAUGGUUCAAAAGAGAAUAUAAUGUAGCUAAGUGGGUAGAAGAUGUGAAUAAAAACACUGAAGGACCCUACUUUAGGACUCUGUCUCCUGCAAAGUCUCCAUCUUCAUCCACUGGAUCUAUUGCCUCCAGCAGAAAAUACCCAUACCCGAUGCCUCCGCUUCCAGAUGAGGAGAAAAAAGCUAACAGGCAAAGUGCCAGGCUAUGGGAGACUUCUAUUUAGUCCCACUGUUUACCUGGGGUAACAUCAGAACUGUUUACUUCCACUUUUAUAUAAACUCAGCAUCACUGAGUCAUUGCACAUUCAUCUGCUCUUCAGACAAUUUGAAAGAACAACAGAGAUGCCAGUGAUCACAGACAGAACCUCCUCUGGUAUACCAGGGUUAAUAAAGCCAGUCGUUUGCUGUUGAAUAGAAUUUCAUGAAGUCUGUAAAGAACAGCUGAAAACAUAAAAAAAACUAACCUCGGAUAAAUAGACUGGAUGUGACAAGGCUAUUCCGCAUGACAGAUACACAUAGAUUUACAAUUAAAACUAAUUUACAAGUCCCAAAUAAAAGAGGUUUUUUCAUUGGUUUAAUGCAGUCCCAAAUAAUAGCAAAAUUGAAUUCAGAAUUUAGCAUUCUGAAACACGUGGCCAAUGUUACCAUUUAUGCUGUGUGCAUGAACCCUCUGUUCUUUCCUUUCCACAUGUAAGGGAUAAACAACAUACUAUAAUAGAAAUUAGCAUGCAGGAGUAAGAAAUAUAGGAUUUUGCUACAGGAUCUUAAGCUUUGAGGGGCAAAUAUCCAACAUAAACUUCAAACAAACAGGAAUUGCAUCUUUUUUACUUUUUGGGUUUAUAAUCUCAGUAUAUGGAUUGUAUAUAUGUAAACAUUUUAAAGUGUCAAAACAGAUGUUAUACAAAAGUGUAUUUUGCCAAAUGCCUAAAGAAACAAUCUUGAGUAACUUCAUCACACUUCAAAUGUUCUCAAUAUUAUGAGCAGACAGCUUUGGAAAUACAGUACUGAAAAUGUGUCUUCUCAGAAACUGGUGUUUGAGCAAAAUCUACAGUUUCCCUUUCUGUUAUGGGAAGUUAUGUCUGGGAUAUAUUAUUUAUUAGAAUCAAAAAGUAAAAUAAUACAGUGACAUUUUGUCUUAAAUCACCAUCUAAGGAACCGGCACACACAAAUUGCCUGGUAGAAAUGAUGAGUUUGUUUCUUCUCAUUAACAGUGGUGUAAAUCUAUGAAAACCAGAGCCAGAAUCUUUAAUUAAGAAUGAUGGGAAUUUUAUUAGAUACUUAGGAAAACUUCAAAGUGAUUACUAAAGUAUUGGUGGUCAUCUGGCAGAUUUAUUGUGUAUAUGUAAUAAAGCACUUCAAAAUAUGUGUUGGAAUCACACAGCAAACUACAGCUUGUGAUCUUGUGCUGCACAGUAACUGAAAGCUUGGCAACUGGCCAAUUACAUUUAUUGGUAUCACUUGUAUGUGUAUUAGUACCUUAUGUGUAGAGUCCCUUAUGUCUCCUUUGCAAUUAAUUUGGGCCUUGAGCUGAAUGCAAGUGGAUCCAGCCCCAUCAAACUGUGGAUCCAAAGACAAAUCCAUUACAAAGGAGACACUAUCCUGCAUGUAAAAUUCCUCAGCAAGAUGGCAUUAUCCAGCCUGCCAGUCAUUUGUAUGCUAAGCACUGGAGGAUGUGUCAGACAUACAUUUACAAUUCCCUGAGAGACCUAAAGGAUGUUGUAAAACAUCCAAGGUCUUUUGAUUGUAAUUUUUCUUGUAAUAAUAAACAUGGCCAUUUUAAGCCGGUUAAAAAGAAAACAACCCCUCCUGUCAGUACUUCUCUGACAGUAACCAAUUCAUUAGCUCUAGUAACUCCAUUGCAGAAUAAUAUAUAUUUUUCAGUAUGGUUUAUUAAAACGCAUAGCCAACAGAAAAAAACCCCCAUGAGUUUCCAAAUCUUCUACCUCUUUCCCAUUUUUUCUUUAGUAAGUGACCCUACCAGUAGAGACUUUUUAAUGUACCUGAAUUUAUUUUAUUGUUAACCAAUUUCUCUCUUUGAUUAAAGGAAGUCAAAUCUAGGUGAAGGUUAAAUUAAGCAUUUUUUAAAGAUGUCAGCAUCUGUAAAGUAUGUAAGAUAAUAGAAAUACUAUAUUUUAUGCAUAAGACAGCGUACUGGGUUAAAUCUACACAAAACUGGCCUAGCAGGUCAUUAUUUUGGUAAGUAUUUUGAAAUGAUGACAAAUACAAAUGAGAGCAGAAUAUGGUUGUAGAGUAUUUGAAAAAGUGAAUGCAACUGCAGUGGUUUUGGGCAGAGAUUUUGCUGUUUGAUGCAGACUUAAAUAGUUGCCUGCAUUAAUUUUGCAAAGGUUUAUUUUGUAUGUAGGACAAGAAUGGCAGUAUUGCAGACAUUUUCAUCACUUGUGGAACUGAUCCACAGCCCCUUCAAGUCUUUGGGUGUCUUCCUGUUGAUUUCAGUGGGCUUUGAAUCAGGCUUUAAGCAUUUCACCCAAAUAAUGACAUUUAUAUGUUAAAAUGACAGACCCCAUGUCUGAAAGAUGGCUUUUUCCUUCCUGCUAGUAUUACGUCCUUUGUAACUUAAAUGUUUAUCAUGUGCCUUUUCUGAUAUUUGUUUGGAAAACAAGUUUGCAUGUAAUUUUAAAUAACCAUGUUAGAUUUUGUGUAUAUUUUCUACGUUAUCUUUCUUACUUUCUUUUCCAUUUUCCCAUGAUCAAGAAGAAGCAAGAUUUGAUAGAUGAAACUGAAUGUGACAGUGGUGGUUUCUGUAACAUUCAUAGUUUCUUGUUUUGAAAAUGAAUUGUUCUCAUGACUACGCUUUUAAUGUAUUCUGUACUUGCAGCCUUUCUUGUUCUGAUGUCAUUCAUUAAUAGCACUUGCUCCGUGUAGUGUAAUUUCAGUCAUUGCUGAAUUUUGAAAAAUAUGCAGAGACAGGUAAUCUAGUUGUAAGCACUAACUUUAAAUUAAAUAAAAAGUGGCUUUCACUUUGGUGGGCUAGAAAGUGAAAACACCUAGCAUUCAAUAUCAACUUUGUUUUUUGUGAAAUCUACUCUGGAGGAAUAUGAUACACCAUGACAGCGAUCUAGAAAAUAAAUGAAGCCAUUAUACAAAAAAACUGGAAUAUGUAGGGCUGUAUGGCCCUCUAAAAACAAAGGUGAUUGAUUAGAUUAAACCAGAAGAGGAGUGUUUCAUAGGUUGCUUUGUUUUAAGUUUAAUACUUAUAAAAGGUGCCAGCUAGAUAGUCUUGGAGAUUGCCAUGCUUUUUGUAACCACAGUGGUUACAUCACAGGCAGGAGUGGUGUCAGUUGCAGUGCCUUGCCCAGCUCGGAAGUCCGAAACUGGAAUAUCCAUAACAUUCAGUAAACCUAGUACAUUUGGCUCAUGGGCUUUUUUCCUAAGACCUGCUAUAAAGGUACCAGUCCAUGCCAGUUGCAGUGUAGAUACCCAUUGAACAAGAGUGCUGAGAGGUCACCACUUCGUUCACAUAGAUUUCUUAUAGGGCUUUUGUUCACUGGUAAAACAAGCUACUGUCGAACCAGGUAUCUGGUUUUCAUAAUGUGGCCUAAGAACAUCAUGGGCUCAUCUACACAUUGCCCCAUGGUGAUGUAGCAACAAGCUAUGUUGCUGUACAGUGCACUACAGUAACGUAGCAAUCACACAGGUCUACAUCUGAUCACCAGCUAUGUCGUCAUAGUGGUGCACUCCCCCGAUGUAGUUCACCGCUACAGUGACAUAGCAGCAAAAUCUUACCAUGUGCCAUGCGCAUGGCACAGUAACCACCCGUACUGCGCAGUGCUUUAGUACUUCUGAAAGGCGACAUGUAGAUUUGCCCCAUGUAUUUAAAAUAAAAGUAAUAUGGCUAAAAUGUUGAGGAUGGGAAAAGAGGAACUGCAUCCAAACUGAUUUGUCACUGUGCCACUCUUGCUCACUUUUGUAACGAGUGCCACAACUCUCGUCACUGAAGCUUACUUGCUGAUUCUGAUUUGUUUGGAAUCAAAUCAUCCACACAGAGAUAAUGCCCUGAGUAAUCUGUACUCCAGAUUUUUGGUGAACAACUUUGUACAGUUCAUCAGAAGUGCCUGUGAUGUACAUCUAAAUUUUAUACAUCUAAAUAUGUUGUGUUCAAACAAAUAAGCAGGUCUAGUUUAAAAAAAAGGCUUUGAUGUUUUAAUUUUAGAGUAUUCCCAUGUAUAACUAUGGUGUGUACAUGACCUAAAGUCAUUACUUAUCAGAUGUGAACACAUAUCUGAGUACAUAAUCUUCUGAAUGAUUUAACAGUUUUGUCCUUGGUGACUUUGAACCAGCCAGAUGAUGAAUUAUCAGGUUCUAUGCGUAUAACAAAUUUUAUUGUGUUGGGUGAGCCUUUAGUAGACUGUGGUUACAAUUAAAAAUGUAAGUGUGACAACAGAUAUCCAGUCCAGUUCCCUUUGAAUCUCCUUUGCUGGUAGAUUAACUCAGCUAAGACUAGCCACACAAGACUGACAACUGUUUUCAAAACCGGAGCGAGGAAUAACUAUUUUUCCUACAAGUUCUAAUCAAAUUUGUAUUCUCCUUGUUGUUGAACAUUGUUUUUAGAGACCCAAAAUAUGGCUAAUGUGCUAUUAAUGUUUCUGACAGCACAUGGUAUUGUUCCCUUGUCCAAUCAGUGGGCUGUGCCUGGUGUGUCUUAUUGCUGUCUUCUGCAUGUAAAUUGUAACAAUUACAGGAUUUCCCAGCCAUGUCCAUAUAAUAGUUUUGGCUCAUUCCAACCAUAAGAAAAUUACAUACAAGAUUGGAAAGAACCUCUCACAUCAUUAAGUCCAGUUCCCUGCAAAUGUAAGAACCACAUCAUGCAAUCAUAGAAAUCAUAGAGGAGUAGGGCUGGAACGGACCUCAAGAGGUCAUCUAGUCCAACCCCUUGCCUGAGGCAGGAAUGAUUGUGGUCGCCCACCGGGUUUGAACCUGCAGUCCCCAACUUAGAACUGGCUGGGGUUGUUAGCUCUCAUUACUCUUAUAGAAGACUGUCCAGAAAUGCAGUACUAACUCCUCUGAUUAGAAACUUUUUCCUAGUUUUCAGCCUAAUUUUAUUCAGAGACAGUUUAUACUUGUUUGUCGCUGUGCUGGCAGGAUAAAGAAAAGCUAUCUGGGGACUUGCCCUGUCUUGUAUUCAUAACAGCAAACAUAUCUACUCUCAAUCUUUGUCUAACUAGGUCAAACAAACCAAGUUUGUUUUUUCAGUGUCCUCUAGUAAAUGGGGUGACGACUGGGCAACUGCAGAGCCUAGUAACAUUUAUUGUUUGAAUAUGGAUGACCAGAAUUGUACGCAGAAUGCCAGAAGAGGUGUAGUGCCUUGUACAGUAGCAUUAGGACUUCUCCUUUGCUACAGAAAGUACCUUGUCUGGUGCAAUCUAGGAUAGCAUUUACCUUCCUUCAUAGCCACGUCACUUUGGUAGCUCACAGUCCCAUUUCUAUGACUUUAGUCUUUAAAGUCAUUCUGUUCUUCCUGUGCAGUAUUCUAAUCCUCCUGAGUACUGGCAAUGCUAAAAAGACUAUGUUUGCUCUUGAUACUAAUCCUUGAAGAACUUCAGUAGGAGUCUCCCUCCAGUCAGGUAAGUUUUUUCUCUGCAUGACUAGUUGUUGGUUUCCCAUUAGCCAGUUCCUUACGCACUUGUAAUAUAGGACUAUAAUCUUUGAUAAAAUUCACCCCGAGCACUGAAAAAAAUCUCAGAGCCAUUGGCUAAAUCAUAGAUGACAGGCCAUGUCCCAGAAGACCUGAGGAGGGCUAAACUAGUGGCCAUCUAAAAAGGGAAAAGGAGGACCAGCAGAUUUAUAGACUGUCUUGAUCAUUGGGUGCGUCUACAUAGGACACUUAAUGCACAGAAGACUAAUUCUACUGUACAUUAGUGUGGCAGGCAGAGCCCAUGCUAAUGCACAGUAGAUUUAGUCUAAUGCACAGUAGUGUCACCAAAAAAAAUGUUCAUCUGUGCUAAUGUGCAGUAGCACUGAUUACGGCACAUUAUUACCUGUCUUUACCUUUAGUAGAUUGUGGUUACAAUUAAAAAUGUAACUGGCACAACAGAUAUACAGGUACGAAUAAAAAUGUAGACAUGCCCAAUAGCAGCUAACAUGGACUUAUUAAGAAUAAAUUAUGCCAAACCAACCUAAUAGCUAACUAGUUCGAUGGACGAAGGCUAUGCAGUGGAUAUAAUACAAUUAGAGAGUCUUUUGAUGUAGGCCCACAUGAGAGUCUCAUAAACUGGAGAAACAAGGGCUACAUAGAAUUACUGUUAGGUGGACAAAAAAUUGGGUGAGUAGCCACAAAGGAUAACUAUAAACAGAACAAUGUUCAGAUAGCAGGAAGUUUCAGGUGGGGUGCCAGGUGUGUUCUGAGUUCAUUGUUGACAUUUUUAUUAUGGUUUUUUUUGUUGUUUUUUUUUUAUCAAUGAUGCAGGAAUGGAGAGCUUCCUGAUCAAGUUUGCAGACAAAACUGUGAGGAGUUGCAAAUGAUUUGGAGGAUUAGAGCAGAAUUCACAAGGAUCUUGAUAAACUGCAGACCUUAGCUCUAGAUGGAAAAAUGAAACCCAGUAAAGGCAAAUAUGAGGUGCCACCCUAAGGGAAGAAAACGCAAAUGCACAAGUGGAGAAUGGGAGAUAAUUUGGUAGUCAUUAGUACUGCCAAGAAAGAUGUGGGGGUCAUGGUGGAUCACAGACUCAACGUAAGUCAGCAAUAUGGUAUAGUUCCAAAAAUUAGCUAAUGUAAGUUUGGGAUGCAUUAACAGAAGUACUGUAUAUAGGGCAUGGGAGGUGACAGCGCUACUCUACUCAAUGUUGGUUAGACCUCAGUUAGAACUCAAAAGCCAAUUCUCAGCCUUUCAGCUAAGAUCUUUUGAACAGUUUGGGGCACUGCAUUUUAAGAAAGAUGUAGAAAAAAUUGGAAAGAAUACAGAAGUGAGACACAAAUAUGAUUAUGAGGAGGACAGUCUAUUCUCUGUGGCCAUAGGUGGCAGGGCAACAAGUAGCUGUCUUAAAUUGUGACAAAAUUUUGGUUGGAUAUUAGGAAGACAUUUCUAAUUAUGAGGGUGUUUAAGGAAUGGAACAGGUUACCUAGUGAGGUUGUGGACUCUCCAUUCCUGGCAGUUUUUAAGAGCAGGUUAGUCAAACACUUUUGAUAACUGGUGACAUUUCUGGUAGCUUUGCCUGCUGGUAUCAGCAUGGGGAACUGGUGCCUCCUGAGUCUGGGGGCACCAGAUCACUGACUGGGGGAGGGGGGGGGGGGGUCCCUUAGUGGCUGAUUGCCAAGCCCAAAAUCACCAACGGUGAAACCGGAAGUGCACUUCCACCGGCACUUCCAGUUUUGCGGCUGGCGUUUCCAGGGGGUGCAUGGCCAAUCUCAGGGGGUGCACCCAUGUGCACCUCCUAUGCGUCGCCAAUGGGUAUCAGCCUGUGUAACUGGGACUUAACCAUGGGCAAAUAGCUCUCAGACCCAGUUGCAGUUCCACAGGAGCUUGACAACUGCUUGGAAAAGGCCCACAGAAGUCACAAUUUUGCUGUCUGAAAAAGGCAGCAGAAACAAGUAUUGACAUUUCAGGACAUAGCAAUGUUGUACCUUGGGGAAACUUUGUAUCUUGUUUUAAAAGCAGUUCAGCUAAAACAAUUUGGCUUCUUUAAACCAUCCCCAAUCCCAAAAGAAGGUAUAGACAAGUUCCAGGUUUAAAACCAGAUAGAACAUUUCAGCAAUGUAAACAGGUCCUGACUGCCAGGAGUUAGAAAAGGAAGAGGAAGAAUAGGGGCAAUAAAAAAGAGAGGUAAUUGACAGGCCUGGCCCUUGGAAAGGGAGUACUGGCAACUCAGGAGUCAUAUAAAUCCAGUUGUUAACAUUUUUAAUGUUGGUUUGAGUUACAGGAGCAUAAAAAUCAGAACCGCAAACUAAUUUCCUUUUGUUUGUUUCUACAUUCCUCCGACUUAAAAAUGAACAGAGUUUUUAAAUAAGAAUCAAACCUAACACGAGGCCUUAAGACCUUAUCUAUUCCAGCUUUAGCAUGCAGAGUCUAUUUUUUACAACCAAGUUACAAAUCCUUGUAAAUAGGCCUGAUCGACCUUUAAGUACAGAGGUGCUAGCAGAUAACCAUAUAAUAAGUAAGGCUGUAAUACAGUUAGUGCUAAUAUAUCACAUUGUACUAGUACAUGGAUUCCUGCUCAUUGUCUGUGUAGACAACGUAUGUGUUUUACGUUAGGGAAUACAGUCUGGUGCAUAUUCAAACUGUCAAUAUAUAAUCUGUUUUUCUUAUAAGAUUAUCUUAAUACUUAGUGUUUUAUAUAGAUUUUAGUACUUUCCUUUUUUAACUAUUGCACAAAUGCAAACGUUCUUGUUUUCAAAAUAGGAAAUUAUUACAGAAUUUUUAAUCUGAUGGAGAAAAUCCUAUUUCCAUCUUGACCUGUUCUCAGAAACGUUUUGGGUGUGGUGCAUAUGAAUUGGCUCUGCCAGCUUUGUUUUGUGCUUGUGUUUAUCUUGUAAGUUGCCAUAUAAAAGAAGCUCUGUCUUUUAAUUGCUGAUGCCACCCCCUGCUAGUAAAACAUUCACAGUGACAAGGACUAUUUUGUUUCACCGUUAGGGUGUGGCUACUGUUGGCCUAAGUCAUCAUGUGACAUUACAUCAUUGUCUUUGCUGCCUGAGACCCUUCUAAUCUUCCACUAGGUUGUAGUCAUGAGAUUUUGACAAACACCAAAACAAAACGCUGCACAUUUUAACACCUCAGUUUUGAGUGUGAUAUUUUUGUCAUAAAUAUUACAGGCAUUAGGCUGUUCAAGUGAAUGAAUCUGGCUUUCCUGAAGCUAAACAAAAUAUUGCUUUUUAUAAAAUACAGCCAUUGUAAUUUGGGGUUCUAAAUUCAUGCACAUUUUUAUUAACAUCAUAGUAUCCACUUCUAUGAGAGUAUUUAAUACAAAUGCCUGUGGUUUUCAAUGUUACUAACAUUGUAACAUCAGUAAAGUGACUUUCAAUGAAAAA